AGAGAGAGAGCGAGAGAAAGAGAGAGAGAAGCUGUUCAUACCGCACAGUUGGGUGAGAAACGACCUUUUACAUGUUGGAUUCUGAAUCAUAUAAAAGAAUAGACUCGACUAACGAAGGGAUUUAACUCUUUCUCGCUCGAGCGGAUCAGCAAAGAUAGACGUGACCUGCAGCCAUGAGACGAUGUGGACCGAUCGGAGUCGGAGUUCUCUAAAGCACGUCUGUGCCAGAAGUGAAAUCUGCCUUUUUGCCACUUCACUGUGAUUGGUGGAGGUCUAUCUGGGGAGGCGUGGUCCUGCCCCACUCACACAACAUGAGCAUAGGAAGCAGAGGACAAAGCCAGCGUGUGGAGCUCCUGCUUGCUCCUCUCAGCUCGGGAUGCACUCUUCCCUACAGCCUUUCCCAUUUUACACGUUGCCCCAUUUUACGGCCCUGAUACCACACCGGGCACCAUGAACAUGUACAGAGACCCUGGCCCUCUCUCUCAGCCCCUCCCUCCUGUUCACCUGCGACUGCCUCUCCACAAUGGCCACGCCUCUCCGGCCGACGGCAACUUAUCUCGAGUGUCUGUGCCCAAGAUGGGCGUACGGGCGCGCAUCGCCGAAUGGCCCCCAAGGAGAGAGCUUUCCCGAGAAUCACUGCUGGAAAAUGGGCAGGGUGUGACAUCAGAGAGCAGUAGUGUCGAGGAGGGGUUUAACCGAGGGGGUAUGGCAAGGGUGCCACAGCUGCGACGCAGUAAGGAUGCAGAGUUCCGAGAGGGACGAAAUCCAAGGGAUGUCCCAGGUUCUCCGGCACGUUUCCGGAUCCCAGGAUUCGCUCCGCUGCGCCAGCGUUCCAGCAGCGAAAUCACGUUAAGCGAACAGGAUGAAACGGAAGUCGAUGGUCGUCUGUUCCGGGUGUACGGCAGCACGUCGUCCAUCAACGUCCAGGCCGUGCCUGAAGAGAGCUUCUUCGACAUGCUCAGUCAGUUUCAGCAGGAGAUGCCAGACCAACGCAGUGCUGCCCCUGCCAGGCUUGGAGAAUUACUGCGAGCUGAAUCCUCACUCAUCCCAUCCCCUUCUCCUGUCCCUUCCAUCCCUCGUUCCGAAGAUCGCCCUGAAAGCCGAGUGCGCAAAAAGAGUGGCGGUACGGAAUCAUCCCUCGGGACCUCAUCCCUGUUUCGUAAGCUUCGCAACACCAACAAGGGAGAUUCCGAAGCCUCACGCAAUGACUCGGAUGAGAUGCGACAGUCAGAGACUUCUCUCAAACCGUGGCUGUGUGUUCGCAGCUUUGCACACUAUGACUCUCAGAGCCUCUUGUUUGACCUACACGAGGCAGCUGCCCAGCGCAGCUAUGCAGCCCAAAGACGUAACACAGCCACAGGGGCGUCCUCAGCUUCUGCCACUUCCUCAGCAGCCGUCUCAUUGGCUGUGACCCGUGCUCUGGCACUGGGCGGAGCCGAACCCACCUUCUCUAGUACGGAUGACCUAAGUUUGUUAAUGGAGGGCUCUAUCUUGGGCACAGAAGCCUGCGAGUCAGCAGGGUUGGACAGCUUGAACACAGGUCCUCAGCAUCAGCUCCUGCUUACCUGUCCCAACUUCCUGAAUGAGACUGGGAGUUAUGGCGAGCGUAACGUAAGCUUUCUGAGCUCAUGGGCAGAGCGCGGGGAGGCCAGGCUACGUAUGCGCUGUACUAACGCCAGCAUAGCCGUGUUGGAGGUGGGGUCAGAAGAGCAGGCCACACGCAUGGAGAGACUGCAGAAUCACAGCAUAGAGCACGUGGACCUGGGAGCCCGAUACUACCGGGAAUACUUCAACGGGAAAGAGCACUGUAACUACUUUGGAACAGAUGAGAAGUUGGGGCCCGUGGCUCUGAGCAUCCGCAGAGAGAAACUGGACGACACCAAAGAGCUGAAGGACCAAUACCAAUAUCGCAUCAUCUUCCGUACCAGUGAGAUGGUGACUCUACGAGGCUUUAUCCUGGAGGAUGUCGUGCCCUCCACAGCGAAACACGGGACGGUGCGAGGUCUGCCCCUGAAGGAGGUGCUGGAGUUCGUUCUGCCGGAGUUGAACCUGUCGUGUCUACGUUUGUCUCUCAACACCCCCAAAGUCACCGAGCAGCUGCUGAAACUGGACGAACAAGGCCUGAGCCAGAAGCAUAAGGUGGGAAUCUUGCUGUGCCGAGCAAAUCAGAGCACUGAGGAGGAGAUGUACAACAACGAGGAGGCAACACCAGCCUUCACCGCCUUCCUGGAGCUGCUGGGGGACACAGUGUGUUUAAAGGGAUUCAACAAGUAUGCUGCUCAGCUGGACACCAAGACCGACUCCACCGGGACACACUCCUUGUACACCACCUAUCAGGACUACGAGAUCAUGUUUCAUGUUUCUACAAUGCUACCGUACAUGCCCAACAACCCCCAGCAGCUGCUGAGGAAGAGGCAUAUAGGGAACGAUAUUGUGACCAUCGUCUUCCAGGAACCGGGCGCUCUGCCAUUCACGCCCCAGAACAUCCGUUCUCACUUCCAGCAUGUCUUUGUGAUUGUUCGCGUUCACAGCCCCUGUUCCGAGAACACCUGCUACAGUGUUGCAGUGACACGCAUGAAGGACGUGCCCCCGUUUGGACCGCCCCUGCCUCUCAGCGGCGCGACCUUCCGCGACCCUGCUUCAUUCCGCUCCUUCCUCUUGGCCAAGAUCAUCAACGGCGAGAACGCUGCACACAAGUCAGAGAAGUUCCACACCAUGGCUGCUCGCACUCGUCAGGGCUACCUGCGGGACUUAGCCGAGAACUGUGCAAGCACCACACCGCUGGACACGAGCGGCAAGCUCAAUAACCUCAUCUCACUCGCCUCCAAGCGGCGUGAGAGAGUACGGGCACGCCAGGGGGCGGAGCUCGGUGCUGUCGGAGCGGUGGCCUGGCGGGUCGUGGCUCAGGAUUUCAGUGGAGGUGGAGCAGAGCUCCCGUGCGUGCUGGCCAUCUCCGCUGAGUACGUGGUGCUGGCUGACUGCUCCACAAAAGAGGUGGUGUUCAACUGCUUCUGCGCCGACGUGAUUGGCUGGACAGCCGAAAGGUUGAACUUAAAGCUCUAUUAUGGCCGAGGGGACCACGUGGCAUUGCGCGUGCCCGAGGGCGGAGCCCAGGACAUCCGAGAGGUGCUUCAGAGGCUAAAGGGGCUGACUGUCGGUUGUGAGACGGUGGACAUGACGCUCAGACGGAACGGUCUGGGACAGCUGGGUUUCCACGUGCGCUUGGACGGCACCGUUUCCGAGGUGGAGGAGUACGGCUUCGCCUGGCAGGCGGGUCUCCGGCAGGGGAGUCGAUUAGUGGAGAUCUGCAAGGUCGCCGCAGUGACCCUCACACACGACCAGAUGAUCGACCUGCUGCGCACAUCGGUCACUGUUAAAGUUGUUAUUAUCCCACCGUUUGAGGAGGGAGGAGCCCGCAGGGGCUGCACAGAGGAAUACGAGAUGAAGACCCAUGAGCAGAAAGGCGAUGCAGAGCCGAUGGGAGCGAGUUACCGUUCCAGCCAGCGAGGUCCGGCGUGGCGUUGGGAAAGUCCCCCUACAGCCCUCUCAACACAGCGCUGGACUCCUGUAGGGCCUCCGUCGGGUCCCGGCCGCACACACAAGGGCCUGGUGCCCGUUCCAUACAGAGAGCCCCAACACGUUCCUGCUAAAAGACCUGUCAGUUACCCUGAGAACCAAUACAGCGUGUCUCCAGUAGGGGCAGAUAGAAGUUUGCCCUACCGCAACCCCUCAGCCAGUUUCUCCAGCCCGGGAUCGGGCCUCGGCCCUGCAACCCUGAGCGGCCCGUUUGUCCGUUACAAACCCUCUCCAGACAGGUUCAGCUCGGCCCAGCGCUCUCUCCAGCCGUAUGACGCUCAUCUGACUCCUGAUGGAUCCAGUGGAGAUUCCUCAUCCGGCUUCACCAGCCAGGAGAGCACUAUGGAGCGCAGCAAGACAGAGCCCAUGUGGCAUGUCGCAGCUUCAUCACGGUGUACAUCCGGAAGCGGAGCACAGAGACGACAAGGUCGCCAGGAUUUACAGGGGAAGGACUCGCCAAACCGACACUCUAAGGGCGAGACGCUGUACUCCAGCCACUCCAGCAGUAACACUCUGUCUAGUAAUGCCUCCAGCAGCCACAGUGACGAGCGCUGGUUUGACACCAUGGGCGCCAGCACCUCUGGGACCCUCAGUGACCCCUGUGACCCAUGUGAUCCCUGUGACGCCGACCCCAUGGGAAAAGGAGGCUCCAGCGACAGUGGCAUUGAUGCCUCCACUCUGUACGCUCCCACCUCCAGCAGCAAAUCAGGCAAAGUGAGCCGGAGUCACGCAGGGACGCCACAUAAAAGUCUUCACUCUUCAGCCACAUACAGCGGCCUGCACGAGCUCUCUGCCCCCGCAGCCAGAGUGGGGGAGGGGCUCCAGCGAGAGUCAUCACCUGUCAUAACUGCCUCAGCCAAUCAAAGCAAGAGUUACCGCACGCGCACCUUCCCUCCACCUGGCUCAGCCAGCGCAGACAACUUCAAACCCAGAGCCUGCUACACACCUCAAGGAUUUAAGACCCCAGCUGUGCCUGACAAGCCCAGGCCUUUCCGAGCUUCCACAGUCACGCCCACGUCAGGCUCAACCCAGCUGUCCACCUCUGCCCCCAAAUCCUUAUAUCCUAAAAACAAGCAGGGUGCAUGGCAGCACGAAGAAAGCAGCCCAGCCACUAUGUCCUCAACGUCCAGCAACACAGACAGCAACAGCAACAAGCAAGUGGACAUAAACAGUAAGAACGUGUUUGGACAGCCGCGUCUGAGAGCCUCUCUGAGGGACCUGCGUUCGCCUCGCCGCCCUGUACAAAAGAGCACCAUUGAGGACGACCUGAAGAAACUCAUCAUCAUGGACACUCCAGCCGACACACCACAGGAAUCUUCUCCUCGAAAGACCCUUCAGCGGACCUUCUCAGACGAGAGUUUAUGCAGUGGACGGAGAGACUCAAGCUUUGCCAACACGCCACUUUUUGAUGGACAGGCACCAUCCAACGACCUGCUCUUCACCAGCACACUACCCACCCGUCGUCAUGGCAGCAGCACCAACCAUGGUGCCAUCUUGCCCAAUAAGAAAGUGCCAUUGUCUGCAUCAGAGCUGUCACUGACGGAGGUAAGGGAUAAAGUGCCCCCCCUGCGCAGACUCGACCCCGGCCUGAUGCCCCUUCCUGACACAGCAAGCGGUCUUGAGUGGUCGAGUCUCGUCAAUGCUGCAAAGGCAUAUGAAGUGCAAAGAGCAGUUUCUCUCUUCUCGCUGUCUGAGCCACAUAUUGGAGGAGCUGAGCUGAGACCCGUAAUAAGUCCAGUUCCCUUUCACACACCACAGACCCCUCGCACUACACCCACCUUCAGCAGUGAUGAGGCUCCUGGAGAUCUGUCAGGCCGACUGUACCACCUGGAGGUGAUGUUGAAGCAGCUGAAUAAUGAUUUAGAGAAGGAGAAGCAGGAUAAGGUGGCUUUGCUGACUGAGAUGGCUCACCUGAGGCAGAACAACCAGCGUCUUCAGGAGGAGUCACACUCGGCUAGCGAGCAACUCCGCAAGUUCAGCAAGCUCCUUUCCUCCACACCAGACAGGAAGUGAACUCUGACACGCUCUCUGUGAGGAGAGGAAGCUAAAACCACGAGCAACAGUUAGAACAGGGAGCUUACAGAUGACUCCCGUACCUACCCUAGCUGCUCACACACACACACACACACACACACACACACACGGUGUGAUGAUUACACUGCUCUUCACCUCACCUCUCUGAACACUAAGACAGAAAAAUAAGAGAGGAAAAUGACGGAGCAGAGAGAGAGGACACAAAGAACUAAUACACCUUUGAGUGGCUUUGGGACUUAAGAUCUUUCACUGGAAGAGGAAAAGAUACAGGCGUUUUUAUUUUUAAGAACUCAUGCCAAGUAAGUCCCAAUGCCUUGUCUGGGAGAGUAUGGGAUGAAUACAUUCCCUUCACGGCUAUUUUCCCAACCGUUGCUUUAUUUUUCUAAUGGACGAGUCUUAACGGACACACGGACACCAAACCUGAGCCAGUUGAACUGAGAGAUAUUCAGAUCGUACAGCUUGCAUUCAGAGAGGCCUAUUACUGUAAAUGCAGCUCUUCAGCCAAAAAGAGAGGGACUGUGGUCCUGCGCUGAGACUACACUUCCCAGCAUGCAUCACUGUAGAGCGUGCCAAGGGAAAACACGGUACUGUAGAUUUGAACUGAGAUACAAUUCUCUUGGUCUGACCCACAGGUUUUAUAUAUAUAGAUAUAUUAUAUAUACAUAUAUAUAUAUCUAGAGACAUAUACAUACUGAUUUACAGGUACACGGUACAGUCAAGUAGAUCAAGAUAUUGUCAUUUACAGAUAUUGUUGAAUAUUGAACAGAUAUUGAAACACAUGGGGGUAACACCUGACAGUAUGUGAUCCUCUGCCUAAACAUCGUAAACGAUCUUAAACGAAUGGUUCAACGAAACCCAGUUCAGUCCACAAACAGCUUGUGCUUUUGUCACUAAUGUAAAUAUCAAGUGAUGGACUUCAAUUCCAUAUUUCACCCAAAAUCGUUUCCAUAAACGCACGGCCUUCUUUAGAUGCUCGCCACACGCGUCAUCAGGCCACGUGUAAACGUAAAGGCAUUCGUCUUUUAGAAGGCAUAGUCGAUGCUUACCAAGUCCAGUCUAAUACGCGUAACUUUCGGCUUCCUGCUUUACAUAUCUGACAGGUUCAGCUUUAGGAGCUCUUUGCUUGUCAAAAUGGCAAGCUGGAAGAUUGUGGUUCCCUCAGAUUGUGUGCCCUCAUAUUGUUCUCUUUUUUUUUGUUUGUUUUUAUUUUACAGAUGUCUGUGGUGUUAAAUUGUUCUAUAAGAGUAGCUCGUAACAGUGACUGUACCUUGUAACAACUAAUUGGCUGUAAUUUUCUUUAAGAAAAUUAACGUUCUUUAACGUUCCAUUACAUUAAAUGCAACUAGAAAUAUGCAGAGAAGGUUCUAUAAUAAAAUAUAAAAAAAUAUAAUUCCAAUCGUUAUUUAGACGAGCGUUUUCGGGAUGUGCCGUCGUAGGAAAAUAAUCUGUAAACAGAUUAGGAUUAAUGUAAUCAUCAACCACAUAUCAUGCCACUUGUUUGUUGAUGAUUUUCCUGUAACAGUAUGUACCCAAGUCUUCUAUAUUUUACAUACAGCCUGGAUAAGUUAAAUGAAGAACUGGUUUUUUAUUUGGUUUUUUUUUUUUGUUUUUUUUGUAUUUGGUCAUUUUGCCAAUUCUCAGCCACUAGCAGAUUCAGUUAGACACAAGUUUAUGGAAACAAUCUUGGGUGGAAAACGAUAUGGUUGCAAUACAAGUCCAGUCCAACACUAGCUCGGCUAAGUAUCUCUCUGCUGAUCGGCUCCACUUUUGCUGAACCCUUCCUUUAAUGGCGUGACGGUCAUAUCGACGCAAACACAUCAUGACAUCAUGUACUGCAGUUCCUGUUCUCACACUGCUGGUUUCUGUGUUACCCAAGACAUAAUUCUUUGCACAGAGUCAGUACUCGUGUUAUUCUUCUUACAGUGUCUUCCCCCAAAAGUACUGUACUUCUUAAUGACUAAACGUGAUUGUAGAAUAAAUAAUCAGUCAUGGCAUCUCAGUCUCCAGCCCCGCACGUGGUGUCUGGCAGGACUCGUUCCUGGAGACGUGUUCCUUCUUAAAGCAUCGCUAUCACUACUGUACAGAAUUACUAUGGUAACAGAGUUACUGUAAAACACAGGACCAAUUAGAGCAAAUGCUCCUAGAACUGUGAUGCUCAUCUCGUUUUCCCCUUUCCACGCUUUGGCGUUGCACUGUGUGUAAACUUCAGCUUCGUCGCCCAACAGAGACGCUGUAUGUCUGUAUGCAACAGAGACACAACAGCGCCUGCGCUUGUCCAGCAGAGCCUUCCACACAUAAUCUAUUUUUCUAUUUACCUCUCGGUUUAGGCGUAUCAGGUGACACGACUGUUGGCUGUUUUUAAAAACCAAGAACAAACAGAUCCAUGUCUGGGUUAAUGCACUUGUAGGUUUCCUCAUCCCCUGCACUGUAAGGAGAUUAGUCACUCUUCAUGAGGCUUUUUUGUUAGCAUUAGAGCAGUUUAAAGCGUUACAGUAAUUAAAUUAGGUUUGAUCCAGAACAGAACCGAUCCAGAUAGCUCCUUAGCUGUCAUUAGGUACUUCUGUAUAUACAAGCUUUAAUAUGACAUACUGAACCGACGCAUCCCCGACUGUCCCUUUAAUCUGGUCUAACUGGAAAACAUUAUCUCAUUUCUCAGGACUCAAUUCACCCUCGAUGGCCUGAACUAUUUAUUUUAUUUAUUAAUGCGUCGGCCAGAGGGUGGCGUUAUGUUUUAUAUUCUAUACUUAAUUAAAAGAGUUAAAACACACACACACACACACACACACACACACCUGGAGAGAGCUGUUUAGGAAAAACCCACCCUGAAGCACUUGAUCAAUAAUCUGGCAUCCAAGAUGUAUUUUAUAACAACAUUCAGUCAGUCGGUUUCCUACAUUACUCACAAUGCCGUUCGAUUACCUGCUGAUUAGUUUGGCGAGAUUUAGCCCUAACUUCAGCCCUGCUUGAGGAGAUCGAUGCAGCAAUGUCUGAACCCUUUAGUGUGUCCAGCUCAGGCAGAUCACACUCAUCAUCUCGUACCUCUGCACAACUCCGUUGCACCAACGUCUUUUCUUCUACAUUGGACUCCUCGUUUUUAUGAUUUUGAACAUCUCUGGAAAAAGGUGUCUAAUAACAUACUCUUAUGUUUUUAGUAGAUAACAGCAAACCUAAACGUUUAAUCAGUGCUUUAUUUUAAAAUCAUUUGAGCCAUCGAGAGCCAUGUCUCAAAAUGUAUAAUUAUGCACUAUAUUCUUCGCCGUUUUGUAGUGUAAAAAAGUGUGUAAAUAGUAGUGCGGGAUGAGCCGAUGCCACUCCUGUGAUCAAGACAUCUUACGACUGACUAUCUUUUAAAUUAGUCCAAGCUCUGGUUAAGACUCUGGGUCGUUGAUUAGAAAGUUGGACCCGAUUGUUGGGCCCUUAAGCAACCUCUCUGACUCCAACAUCCUAAUCUUGGACAUGCAAAUAUAAUGUUAUGUGUGGCAUUAAUAAAGGCUUGAAUAAAGCUAGCUGUGUCACUUUAUGUUUAACCUUUAACAUGAUUUGAUAUCGAAACAUUUGAAGCAAUGCCACCCUUCUAAAGUUCAUACACGAGUUGCUAGAGUACAUUUGGGACGCAGCUCUCGUCUCCCUGUGACAUCAGCAUGGCAAUCAACCCCUCACUCUGCACAUGACUAACAAACCAAAAUCACCAACUCAUAUAACCCUAUUGAGUGUGUUUCAGGGUGGAGCUUUCCUUUAAAAACACUCAGUGAUACAGUUCAGAGAUACAACUUUUUUUUUUUAACGUGACUAAACUGGAGCAUUUCUAAAUUUCUCGUCAUGGAUAAAAUAAAAAGCAUAGACUUAUGAUAAAGCCUGGGACUUUUGUAAGUCUUUCUCCAUCGCCACUCGUUAUCCCGGUCAGCCUUCUUCAUUCUCACUAAACGCCAACAUCAGGUCAUCUUCUCCUCAAAAGCUACACUCACGGACUCACGUGAAUCUCUGCGUGCCGAUCAUACGCACCAUCGGCUGUCUUAAUUCUUUGGUUUGUUUGACGGUGGAGGUGUUUUUAAUGUUUUCAUUUAAUUUGAACUUUUAAGCUACGAGUGAUCUACAGUUCGCUGAACCUGUGCACACAAAUUAAUCAUUAAACUGUAGUCCAGCUGUAAAACUUGCUGUGGUAUGUGUACAAAUUUGGAUUAUUUAUUUAGGAUCUCUCUCUAUUGCUCUUUCCUUCUCUCUCAGACACGUCAGCCAUUUUUCAGUGAAAUAAAAAGAAUUUUGGUUGAUUUUUUUUUUUUUUUUUGUUAUAAAUAAGUUAUACCUGACAUUUGAUUUCUAUACUUUUGUACAUUGCUCGAUUUUCAUGAUUUAAAUUUUUUUUUUCAUUUGUUUUAAUUUUUUUUUCCUCGUAUGUUUCCAUGCUCGGUUUUGAUUUAUGCCUCGUAAAAUCUGAUAACUGAUUUAUCUUUCAGUUUCUCUUGGGAACCUCAUACUGAUGAGUGUACAUUUAUUACGUGUAAAUUAUGUUUUCAAUAUUUUAUAAAAAAAACAACAAAAAAACUAUAUAUAUAAAUAUAUAUAUUAAAAAUAUUUCUGAUUGAAUCUUUGCUUUGCAUGUGUGAACAUUAAUGUGAACACCUAGAGUGCACUUUGAUGUUUGUAGGACACAUGAACAGGGUUUUUUUCUAAAGGAGAUUUUGUUUCAAGAAAAACCGAGAUGAUUUUUAUUAAAGUGUCUGAUGUAAAAUGAAAGAUUAUGGACAGUCAGACAGGAAGGUCCAGUUUCUAUUAAAAACUUUCAAUGAA